GCUGUUCAGCCUAGCUGCCGUGCGUCUGUGGGCGUCGCAGCUACAGCUACAGCUACAGCCUACGCACAGCAACAGCUACGGAAAAGCAAAGGAAGAACUUUGCCUCGCAAGUGGCGGGUCGCAAAUCGCAACGUCCAGGUGCAAAAAAAACCGGGAAAAAAAAAACUAAAUAAAUAAAAAUAAUAAUACUAGAGCAGAAGCCAUGUUUCCUUAUUUGCGGAGUCAACGCGUCAAUUUGCAGCUGCUGCAGGAGCAAGCCGCUCGCGAGCUGGUGCUGCUGCUGGAGUCCAUCGAGGGCAGCAAGGUCAUUGUGAUGGAGGAGGCAAUGAUUGGGCCGCUGGACUUGAUUGUCGCACCGAAGCUAAUUACGGAUCGCGGCAUUAUGCUGCGCCUGUUGAAGCCGGAAUCGCGUGUGCCCAACGAGAUGCGCAACGUUGUCUACAUUGUGCGGCCGCAGGUGCUGCUCAUGGAUCAACUGGUCGCGCACAUGAAGACCAAUGUCCAGCAGGGUCGUCAGUUUCAUAUUCUGUUUGUACCCCGGCGCUCCUGCCUGUGCAUCAAGCAGCUGGAGAACAUGGAGGUAAUUGGUGAAUUUGGACGUUUGGAGGAGCUCACCUGGAACUUUCUACCGCUCGACGCGGACGUGGUCAGCAUGGAAAUGCUGCAUGCGUAUCGCGAUGUCAGCAUCGAUGGCAACACCACAUCGCUCUACCAGGCGGCCAUUGGGCUGGUGCAGCUGCAGCGUCUAUACGGCCGCAUACCGAAGAUCUAUGGCAAAGGCGUGCUGGCCCAGCAGGUCUGGCAUCAUGCCAAGCAGCUGGCCAUUGACGAAAAGUCUCUGUACAAUGGCGAUAAGGGCGCUAUCGAUCAGCUCAUCCUGCUCGAUCGUGGCAUCGAUCUGCUCACACCGUUGGCCACACAGCUCACCUACGAGGGCCUCAUCGAUGAGUUCUUUGGCAUACGGCAGAAUAAGCUCAAGCUGCCGUCUAAGCAUUUUCCAUUUGAUGCAGCAGCAGCUGGCGGCUCCAGCAGCAACAACGGCGGUGCAGCCACUAACCCGGACAAGCUGGAACGCCUAACGGGCGAUACUGGCCGCAAGACCAUAUUGCUCCAUUCCGGCGAUCAGCUGUACGCCGAGUUGCGCAACAAGAACUUCAAUGAGGUGCGCAUGCUGUUGGCACGCAAGGUGAAGGACAUUCAAAGGCAGAUGAAUCUCAAGGAUCGAUCGACGGAGGAGAUUCGAAUCUUUACGGAAGAGAGCAUGCAACAGCUAUUGAAUGAAAAGAAUGCUAUAUCCGAGCACACGACCAUCGCUGGACUCAUCGACGAACAGCUGAGCGUUUAUUCGUUCAAUGAUGAUCUGGCCGCCGAGCAGGAGUUCAUGAUCUGUGCGGACAUUGACAAGGCCAGCGCCUACAUUGAGGAUCAGAUAGCACGCCGAGCCGAGCUGCGCAAUGUAUUGCGUCUAAUCUGUUUGCAGUGUGCCGCCGCUUCUGGUUUCAAGGAGCGUGUCCUCAAUGAUUACAAGCGCGAGCUGGCCCAGGUGUACGGGCUGGAGGUGUUGCUAACGAUCAGCAAUCUGGAGAAAGCCGGACUCCUACGCACCCGGACCGAGUCGCGGGCAUAUGCCGUGUUGCGCAAGACCCUACAUCUCACCGUUGAUGACAGCGUCGAGAUCAAUCCGAAGGAUAUUAGCUAUGUGCACAGCUUCUAUGCACCACUCACCGCACGUUUGGUCGAGCACUCGCUCAAGCCGCUUGGAUGGCAGACUCUCAAGAGCCAGAUCAACAAUUUGCCGGGUCCCACAUUCGAGGACUUUCAGGUGCAAUUGAUUGGCAUCGGUGGUCGUCAUGGCGUCAGCGGUGCCACGCCCAACGAGUCAUCACUGUUGGACGCCAGGCGCGUGGUGCUCGUCUGCUUUGUGGGCGGCUGCACAUUCUCGGAAAUUGCCGCGCUGCGCUUCCUGGCCGCCCAGGAGGACAACAACGUGGAGUUCGUGAUUGCCACCACCAAAAUAAUCAACAAGCAUACAUUCCUCGACAGCUUGAUGGGCAUGUGAAGGCAGCGCCUGAGCCGCUUGGAGGCACAUCGUCUAUCCAUCGCCUGUGGCUUGACACGCGGACGGAACGCCUCCAUUCCAAUGAGGCCAUGACCAAAGCAUCGCCACCAGCCGAAGCAGCAGCGCAGCGUUCUCUUUAGAUCGGAGCAGCCGCCGCCCAAGCAACCCAAUUAGAAAAGUUUACAUCUUAUAUACAACUACAAACAUACAUAUAUUAAUAUGCAGAGCUUAUCAAUGUUAUUUUUCUACAUAAUUUACACACCUACAAGCACACACACACACACACACACACACACACAGAGACACACACGCCUGCAAACCUUUCAAGUAUAUUAGAAUAUGCCUGCAUAUAAUAACCGUUAAUGUAUUUAUGUAUAACCCACUUGUAUACAUAUACUUUAUAUGUGUAGAGUUUGUGAGUGCAAAAGCUUUUGAAAUCCUUUAUAUGUCAACUAUAUAUGCAUAUAUAUAUGUCUGUAUGUACGUAUGCCAUAUGCAUACACAUAUGAGCAUAUAUGUAUAUGUAUGUAGUUUGCAGUAAUCCUGUAAUCCAAGGCUCAACCUAUUGAUGUUACGCAUGUUUACACACAUAUGCAUAAAGAUAUUUAUAUAUAAAGAAUUAUAUCAACAUAUAUAUCCAUAUAUAUAUAAACACGACAUGGUCGUUGUCCAGUCUCCGCUGAAAUCUUUCUAAAUGCAAGAAUUGCAGAAAAUUGAUCGAACUACAUUCCGCGAUUUCGAAACUAAACGCAUACUACAUCUAUUCAAGUUAUAAAUUAUAUAUAUAUAUAUAUAUACAUUUGUAUAUGAGUACAUACAUAUGUUUAGAUAUCGAUAUAGUUUUUGACGAAUUAUUGUUGGACCUGCAUAUUGUUGGCGGGAAAGGUGACUGGUCACAUAUGUAUGUACAUCUAUACAGCUACAACUUUAUUGAGUUCAAUAAAAAAAAACAAAAAAAAAAAAAAA